CAAUAAUAACAAUAAUGCUUCAAGUGUUGGAUUAUCAGGCUUCUGGGAAAGGAUCCGGUCUACGGAGUAUAUAUGGUUUUGGCAAUGCUUUGACAGGAAAAGCUCUCCCUCGACCUAUGGAAACUAACUGAAGUCUAACUUGCUAACUUUGUUGGGUCGCGCGCAGUAAAAAAAGAAACGGGCCGUAUCGAAUAUCUAUCUAUUGUAUCAUCUUCUAUAUUUAUUUUCUGUUCUAGUCACCCCGCCGAGAAAUUCCAAAGGUUAAAAUCUUUUUCGCGGAGAUUGGACUGCGAUUUGUCUACUGUAACUACGGCGUAUAGAUAUUUUUCUUGCAGUAGUCAGAAAGAAAACGCACUGAUUAUUGUAGCAAUAAAGCCGGGAAUGUGUUGGAGUGAAAUCUCAUUCUUAGCAUCAUCACAGAAGAUAGCGAUAUCGAAUCAAAUGGAUAUAAUUAGUAAAAGGCAUAAGGCAAUAAAGGACAACUAGACCAAGAAAUCAAACUACUCCCUAGGCCCAAAACGUAUCUGUAGCUGGCUAGUGUAUGUAUAAUCAAUCAAUCAUGGAUCAAAAAAUAAGUGAAGUAAAAUAAAAAUAAAAAUAAAACAACGGACAGCUGCGUGGUUAACAUAAAGCAUGAUUACCCAUCCAUAUGAGCAUUAGCGCUAGCAUCAUUAUGAUUGUUGCUGACCGGCUGAGCACCAAGCACCCACCCAAGCCCAGUCGCCAACCCACCCGUCACCAUACUACUAACAACGUCCCUCUUCCUAACCCGUCCACCGCCACCCCCUUCACCACCACUCCCAUCUUCCGUGCCCAUGGUAUCCAUACUAAUACGUCUCGAAUCGCUCGAAGCACGGCCGGCACCGGAAGCAGCCUCAGGCCCACGGAGCGGAAACGCGGUCUUGCUAAUCGCCUGUGCCGCGCCACGCGCCACUUCGAAUAAGCCCAUGGGCGCCUCUUCAUAACCGCCUGCGAAGUGGGAUGCGCGUUUGCCAUGUCCCGUGCGCGACCGCUUAGCUUGUUCGGUUUCUAGAGCAUCGAGCUCAGCAUCGGACGGGCCAAAACCGCCGGGUAAGUUUGAGUUGGAGGUUAUGCUAUCGCCACGCGUGUCCCAGCUUUCGGCCUCUGCCGUCUCUUGUGCGCGGAGAGAUGUCAUCUCUUCAUCACAGCGGCGCCAUACGGCGAGGAUUUCUGGGAGGUUCUCGGGCGAGGGUGCGAGUAUUAGCGCUAGAGAGAGUAAUUCCAUCCGCUGGGUAAGGCGGAGGAUUUGAGAUUGGAGUGUUUUGUUGGUUGGUUCGGCGAUGCUUGAGCGAUGUCGGCCCGCAUUAUACGCAGCGCGCCAUGAUACAUCAUCAUCACCCAUAGCAGUCGCAGAGUUUGAUGUAAUUGAUGGUGGAGCUAAGCGAGUCAGAACAUAGGAAUAAGCAGUGUCGAAAUCAUUGGAUUCUAGGGCCGCGGAGAUGGAGAGCGAUAUGAUUCGGUGAUCUGAAGCUAGCAAUUCUUCUUCGCGAGACGGGGCUUUUUUGUUGUGCAUGGGGUCAUCGUUGUCUCUGGGACGCGCAGGGAAGCCUGCUGUAACGAGAUGUCGACCAAUUGUAAUUAGGUUGUCGAGUUCCGUAUACGCCUUAGGGUUUUGCUCAAGCACUUUGCCAAUCAAUGAAAGGGGAUCAUGAUGGGCACGGAUGCUGACAGGCUGGAAUGGGACGCCAUGUUGCAACGUGAGAGAAUAAAAUGAUAGUGAAUGUGUGGCGGAUAUCAACGCCUUGAUUUGGCGGAUUGAUUCAGAAUGUGGGAAGUAAGGUCCAAAUGAUUUGAGCCUGUCAUGAAAAAGUCAACAAACUAGUUGCCAAAAGCCAGGGUGAAGCGGACGUACAUUUCUGAAGCUCGUUUUAUUCCGCCUCUCGUUUUAUUUCCAUUGGUGGCAUUAUCGUAGGAUGUGAAUAUUGCGUCUGUCACUGCAAGCUCAACUUGUGCUGGUGGGAGAGGGGACGAGGAUAGAUUUUUGGCGUAGAGCUCAACGGCAAGCUCGUAUUCUGCGCUUGGUUAGAUGAUGAGUCUUCUUUACCGCGGGAAGCAACAACAACUUACGCCUUGCGUUCAACAUGGCUUUCAAGACAUCCCCCUCGAGGAGAACCAGGGGAACGCGCCAGAACAGCCCAUGACCAGGACUGGAUUUAGCUUCCCGUUCCUCGGGCUGAACAGAAUAUCCCCAAUCUCUCAACCAGAGUAGCUGCGACCUGAUUUUCCGCCAGUCGCGUCCCGUUUUAUGAUCCCGUUGCAAGGUCUCGAAAACACUGCGUAGCUCUGAGAGCUGCAUUUCGUCACUAGCAAGUAGACAAAUAUUCGCGGCGCCCCUGCAUGACAUUGCAUGGCCGAAGCUAUUUAAAGUACGAAUAGAAACAAGAAUGGCGUCAGUAAACGCAAUUGUGUGAGUAGUAGGGAAUGUGAGAGGAUUGGAACGCUCUAGUAGAGCAUUCUGGAGGAUGGCACCCCGAGAUACAUCCGAAAGGGCAGUUAGGUCGAGAUUGAGAGGUUCGAGAUCGUUUUCAAAGAUGCGCAAGAUAGAGUGACCAGGAAUCUCAAGCAGAGACGCAAUCCUAUAUAAAAUCCGGCAGGAUCCAUCGAGAGUUUCUGGGGUGGCUUCGGUGGUGGCAUAUAUAGCAGCCAGCGCAGCUUGACCAUAGUUCAGAGCCAGCUGGUUGUCGGCAUGGAGUGACACCAACCCUUGGGGUUUAUUAUUACCGCCAAAAUCUAUAUCCUCCGGACCUGCCCAUUGCUCUACUGCUUCAACAGCCAAGUGGAAGUCCCGUAUACUAGUCGACAGGAUCCACUCAUUAACAUCUUGCCAUCCGGUUCUGUCAGACACACUCGAAGGAUUUCGGUUAUCAAAUAUGGCAAUUGACCCCGAAUGUUCAAGUUGAUUGAGUUUCCGCCUUUUCGAUCUCGCAUGGCCGUACAUCCAAGGGCCAACUAGUCCCCGCAAGUCUCUGCCUACAUCUCCACCCCUUUCUCGUCGAUCAGUUUUUGACAGCAGGACAUUGACGGCGCUUCCCGAAUCCAGUGACUCUAUUAUCUCUAAAGAUAAUUCAACGCCGUUCUCGCAAUGAUAUUCGUAGUUGAACCGAAGUAGAGGUAGCGCGGUCGAUAUGACCCAUGUUUGCAGGUACUCCGAUGUAUCAAGGAAUGGCUGUAGGAGCUCGAUAAUAAACGGUUGUAACCCCGACUCGUUGUCUAUUCUGUGUGCUCGAUGGAUGAGGAAUUGAACCAGCGGGCUACCUGAUUCCUCCUCUGUAUUCCCGGGGUAUCGAAGCGGUAAGAGAUGUAGUCGUUGGACCUCCUUCCUUGCUGCAGAUGUAGACAACUCGCCCACUGAAGCUACAUCAAAAUCGUCAUUUUCUUCCACAGGCUGAGGCGAAGAUCCGUUGGCUAGGUCCUCGAUAACAGAGAUAUAUCGGGAAGGCUCUGUGCUCUCAGGCAGAAAGGACAAUAUGAUGCGGAAGAAUAUAUCCGUGCUGGGAGCACCACGGAAAUGGGUUUGUAAACGUGGCAAUGCGGACACAUCGCCGUUCACGCAGAGUUGAACGGCAAGGAGGAUAAGAUGGGCAUCGGACAAUUCUGCAAGGGCUUUCAUGGUGGUACUCUUCUCAUGGCGAAUAUGGACAUUUCAAGAAGCGUUGAAUAGAGGCACACGGAAAUAUGGUGUAGAUGUAUGUAUGUGCACUGUCUGUUGCUUCCUGACGUUGAGGCUGUUGGUCCAAGCUCGGGCCAAUCGGCGCUCGUGCUGGAACAAAUGACAAACUGCCCGAGAAAGAGCCUCAACCUACUUCCAACUCCUUUGUCUCCCCCUCAGCGCAAGCAAUCAGCUAUCUCACCCCUCGCGAUUGAAGCUUCUAUUGGUACUUUACAAUGGCAUCAGGCUAUGGCCUCAAUGGCGGCCCGUCCCGCUGCUUUCCCUUCUGGCAAGAACUCCUCGGUUGCUACGUAAUUAAUGCCAGUGAAGGGGAUACAGGAAAGUUGAAGUGUGUCCCGGCACUGGAGGAUUACAACGAAUGUUUGCAUCAUAGAAAAGAGGCAGCGCGAAUUCGGGCCAUGCAACAGGCAUACCGGAAGGCAGAGGCGUCACAUCCCAGAGAGAAUGCGCCAAAGGCGGAACAAAUCCGUUCGUUAGGAUUACUGGGCAAGGACGAGGAAUCAAAGGCAAUACUGGCGGCUCGAUGAUCCUGUGUGUUAGGAGGGGACGGGAGAUUUUAGCAUGCAUUUGGGGAGAUAUUUUUCUGUUUUCAUAUGGGCUGGGUUUUGCACUUUUCCCCCUCUUUUUUUCUUUUAGCAGAUUUCCUGUGUCUGGCUUUCACCCAAUGGGUUUUACAAAGGGAGCGGUGGUAGCGGGAUGAGUUGUAUAGCAAUAUCUAUGAAAGAAAAACUAUGAUAUAUGUAUUUUCUACUACAUAUGAAGAAGGCAAAUAUUAUAGUGUUCCAUUUGUCCGUUUACAGAGAUACUCUCAUUCAAUUUUACGCUGGCUUUUGAUAGAUUGUUAUUACCCUGUGCAGUGCCUAAUGUCAGUGGCAGCAUCGGCCAGGCUUGGUGCAAAGGCUUCCUUUGCCGAUAAAAAUAUGGGGUUGAUGAAACCUAUCCAACGUAGUACGUAGAUUGGUUCUGGUUGCCGUUCUCUUCGUGGUUCUUCUUUGUAUUCCAUCAAUUAAAUAGCCCUAAAUUUAUUUAUUUUUCC